GAUCACAGCCGUUGAUCUUUGAUUUCAAUUAGUUCACUCUCUAGGGUUUAUUAUCUGGGAGCUCUGCUUCUUCUCUAACAUAGUCGUAGGCAGCCGUCUCUCCCCCUCUACCUUUCUGCGUCUCUCGGAUCGGGCUUCAACAAUGGUUUUUGUAAAGGCUCAGAAGUCAAAAGCAUACUUCAAGCGAUAUCAAGUCAAAUAUAAGAGAAGAAGAGAGGGAAAGACGGACUACCGGGCCAGAAUUCGCCUUAUUAAUCAGGACAAGAACAAGUACAACACUCCAAAAUAUCGCUUUGUUGUUCGAUUUACAAACAAGGAUAUUACUGCCCAAAUAAUAUCAGCUAGUAUUGCUGGUGAUAUGGUUCUUGCUGCUGCUUAUUCUCAUGAACUGCCUCGCUAUGGGCUAGAAGUGGGUCUCACAAAUUAUGCAGCAGCUUAUGCCACUGGGCUUCUCCUUGCUCGACGUGUCUUGAAAAUGCUUGAAAUGGACGAAGAGUAUGAGGGCAAUGUCGAGGCUACCGGGGAGGAUUUCUUCAUUGAACCAGCUGAGACAAGGAGGCCUUUCCGUGCUCUUCUUGAUGUUGGACUCGUUAGGACCACCACUGGAAAUCGUGUCUUUGGUGCUCUUAAGGGAGCUCUCGAUGGUGGCUUGGAUAUUCCUCAUAGUGACAAGAGAUUUGCUGGUUUUUCAAAGGAUGAUAAGCAGCUUGAUGCUGAGGUUCACCGCAAGUAUAUCUACGGUGGUCAUGUUGCUGCAUACAUGAGGACUUUGAUUGAGGAUGAGCCCGAGAAGUAUCAGUCUCACUUCAGUGAGUACAUCAAGAAAGGAAUUGAGGCGGACAACAUGGAGGAGAUCUACAAAAAGGUCCAUGCAGCUAUUCGUGCUGACCCGACUGUCAAGACUUCUAACAAGCAGCCACCCAAGGAGCACAAGAGGUACAACUUGAAGAAGCUUACAUACGAGGAAAGGAAGGCCAAGUUGAUUGAACGAUUGCAGGCCCUAAACUCUGCAGCUGGAGCUGAUGAUGAUGAGGAUGAUGAUUGAUCUUUUGCCUUAUGGUGUUUGAGAUAACCUGGAUAUCUCUUUUCUGCUGUGUUUCAUUUGGGGUUUUAUUUAAUAGCAAUAUUUUGUGAUUCAGAGUCUUGUUGCUAUUUAGAUAGAUGAUAACCAGGAUUUUGGAAGGUUUUUUUUUUUUUCUUGCUAUGCAGUUUUGAAUCCUAGCUUUUGCAUGCACAGACAGAUGAAAUGAACGUUUUUGCCAUUUUUUUGCC